CUGCGAGGCAGGCAUAUCCCUGUGCUGAUCCCGUCCUCCCUCUGUUGUGUUUCACGAGCUCUUGUUUUCUUCCCUCUCCGCCUUUUGGUCGGGCAGGGGCCCUGCUCGAUCAGGUGUCACACUCACAUUGGUCUUCGCUGCUGCCAGCAAAACUCUUGUUUUUUUUUCUGAAAGAACCUGCAAGACUUUUGCGAUCAUCACUAUUCGCCAGUCACCUCCUUUUCUGUCUGCAUGCAACAUAGACGACGAAUCUUGUACGGAUUGCCAGUCAGCUUUAGAUAGCCAGCCAGCAGCUAAGCAGUUCCUCAACAUGCUGGCGCAGUUCAUCCACUUCCAAAUAUAUCUCGUGCCGGCUAGAACUGUCGCGUCGGUGGCAACCUUUUUCUCUUAGGAUGUUUUGCACAGAUGCUUCACACAUCAGAUGAGAAACAGCGCAUCAUCAGGCAUCGAUCGUUCCCCUGAUUUCCUGGUCUUUGAUGCAUGCUACUAUAAAUCUCUCUACUAGCUAGGCAGCGCAAUAUCGAUCAGGAAUUCAGGCAACACAUGGAGGACUCGACCCAGUUCAUGCAGUGGGCCCUCAGCACGCUGCAGCACGAGCAGCUGCCGCCGGGAACGCCGGCGCCGGCCGCCGGCGCCUACGACGAUGGCUGCGGCACCACCGUCUCGUCCAUCCCGGUGCUGGGAUACUCCGCGUCGGUUGACAGCAUGGUACCGGGGGAGCCACCCGCACGGGAAGGCCAGCGGGCCACCAACAGCUGGAGCUCAGUCGACACCGACAGCGGGAGUGGCGGCGGCAGCGCGUCCGCCACUGCCUGGUCGCCGCCGCAGCACUCCUCGAUCAGGUGUGCCGUCGCCACGGCCCCCGGCAGCUGCAGUAGCGGCACCAACCAGCCAGUGAGCUGGGACUUCAAUUCCGCGUCGGCGCAGCUAAUCAAAGAAGCUAUCCCGAACUCUGCCGCCGCCGCCGCCGCACUGCAGGCAGAGAGCGGGGGCGGCGGCGGCGGCGGCGGUGGCGGUGGCGCCGUGCCGCAGAUGACACGGAACGGGUCACCGCCGACGAGGAGGGCCUCUGCCAAGAUCUCCGCGUCGUCCUCGUCAGCGCCGUACUCGCAGGACCACAUCAUCGCGGAGCGGAAGCGGCGGGAGAAGAUCAACCAGCGUUUCAUCGAGCUCUCGACGGUCAUCCCCGGCCUCAAGAAGAUGGACAAGGCGACGAUCCUCUCCGACGCGACGAGGUACGUGAGGGAGCUCCAGGAAAAGCUCAGGGCGCUCCAACAGGACGGCGGCGGCGGCGGCGGCCGGGGCAUGGAGUCGGCGGUGCUCGCCAGCAAGAAGCCGCGCAUUGCGGCGCCGGACGACGACGAGGACGGCGGCGCGCAUCCUUACGCGGCAGGCGGGCCAGCGGCGACGACCGGGAACAACAACGCGCUGCCGGAGAUCGAGGUGAGGAUCUCGGAGGGUGACGCCGUGAUGGUGAGGAUCCACUGCCGGGACGCCAAGGGCGUGGUCGUCAGGUUGCUGGCCGAGGUCGAGGGGCUCCACCUCCGCAUCACACACACCAAUGUCGUGCAGUUCUCCGCUAGCGUUCUGAUCGUAAACGUCAUGGCAAAGGUGGAGCAGGGCUUCAGCAGCACAGCGGACGACAUUGUCGGGAGGCUCAACGCGGCGCUGCACGCACUACCACUAGCGUGCCAGUAGUAGCUAGCGCGGAAGAAACAAGAAGCUGCUGCUGAAGAACUGGCUAGCGCCAAAUAAUCUAUGAUGGUGAACCGGCGUCCCAUCACAUGUCUGGUCCACCACGAUGCGAAUAACUUCGGUUUGAUGGCCGUGCAUGCGUGCUUAAUUAGCUUACAUGCAUGAGUCCAAGUUGAUCAAAGUUUCGGCACCUACCACGCAUCUUCAAGAUAAUAAUAAGUGUGAUGCUUAAAACUUCCCAACCAUCAGCAUUGCUCAGGUCAAAUUAAUCACGCCGGCUGCUAGCUUCCCGUGCAAGCUGCAGAUAGUACUCGUAUCUGUGCAAAUUGGUCAUCGUCUUGAUGAUAGCAUCCACAGCCGUCAUGCUCAAUCAGAUCCAUGUUGUCCCACUGCUUAAAAAAAUGGAGCCGCGUUUUCGACAUCGGUAUGAUCUUGGCAGUAUUUCUUUGGACAUUGAUACUUAUGAUAAUAACAUGUUAAAAAAAUUAGAGAAGGUUUCAGCAGGAUUAAUUAAUUAUAGCCCAUGCAUAUGGGCUUUAUACAUGUAUAAAUAUCAGGAGAAAAGGUUUCAGCA